CCCGCAACAACGUCUGUGUGUUGUUACACAGUAAAGUGAAGUAAAGAUGCGGUUGUCUGGUGUGUCAGCGCAAGGUUCUUUCCAGCGGGUUAGAGUGACUGUCCCAUGGUCCAUGAUAAUUACAUAGGAACCUGUUACUGACAGCACCAUGUCAAGGCUUGCAAGAACAGGGUGAAAACGGGGGAAUUUCUCCCGGUUCAGCGCAUCCACUGGGAAGUGAAGCUGAAGCUACAGUAUGUGUGCGAUGACGAAGGGACGCUAUCUCUCCCUGGGCUUCGUGUUCCUUGUUUAUUGCACAACGUGCACGACAUCUAAAGGAGCCACAGGUGACAUCCUGCCAGACUCCCUACCGUCAGUCCCAGGUACCCUGCCUCACUUCAUGAAGGAGCCAGAAGAUGCCUACAUCAUCAAGAGCAACCCAAUCAAGCUGCUCUGUCGGGCUGUGCCCGCACUGCAGAUCUUCUUCAAGUGUAAUGGAGAAUGGGUGCACCAGAAUGAACAUGUGUCCCGGGAGUACAUGGAUCAGAACACUGGGCUGAAGGUGCGGGAGGUGUUGAUCAACGUGUCCCGUCAACAGGUGGAGGACUUCCACGGCCCAGAGGACUACUGGUGUCUAUGUGUGGCCUGGAGCCACCUAGGCACCUCCAAGAGCCGCAAGGCCACGGUCCACAUCGCAUACCUGAGGAAGAACUUUGAGCAGGACCCCCAGGGGAAGGAAGUUCCAAUCAAAGGGAUGAUCGUGCUGCACUGCCGCCCCCCAGAGGGAGUGCCAGCAGCAGAGGUGGAGUGGCUGAAGAACGAGGAGCUGGUGAGCUCCCUGACGGAUGACAACAUUGACACCCGAGCUGACCACAAUCUCAUCAUCAACCAGGCACGACUGUCCGACUCAGGAAACUACACGUGCCUGGCCAGCAACAUCGUGGCCAAAAGACGCAGUUCCACAGCCACUGUGGUUGUUUUCGUGAAUGGUGGAUGGUCGCUGUGGACAGAGUGGUCUCCCUGUAACGUUCCCUGUGGUCGGGGUGUCCAGAAACGCUCCCGUACCUGUACCAACCCUGCCCCGCUUAAUGGAGGGGCUUUCUGCCAGGGCAUGUCUGUGCAGAAGAUCACCUGUAAUGCCCUCUGUCCAAUUGAUGGUGGCUGGGAGGAGUGGAGCGCGUGGACGCUGUGCAGUGUGCAGUGUGAGCGCCAGCGUAGGAGGGAGUGCAAUGAUCCACCACCCAGACACAGGGGCAAGAUGUGUGAUGGGCCCAGCGACACCACAGAGAACUGCACUGGAGGAAUGUGUUCCCAGAAUGGAAAGCUGCUGCAUGAUGUUAAACCUCAAAGUAUGGAUGGCUCCAACGACGUGGCUCUUUACUCUGGGCUGGGGGCGGGGAUCAUAGCUGUGACUGUCCUUGUGGUGGCUGUCAUGCUGUACCGGAAAAACCAGAGCGACUAUGGCGUUGAUGUCAUCGAUUCGUCCGCGCUUACCGGGGGCUUCCAGUCUUUCAACUUCAAGACCACCAGACAAGGGAACCCACUGCUUCUCAACUCCUCUCUGCAGCCAGACCUGACAGUGGGUGGGACCUAUAGCAGCCCCAUCUGCUUCCAGGACUCCAUAGACAACAAAGAGCUCUUUGACCCCCUGCCAGACAUCAAGGUCAAAGUUCAGAGCUCCUUUAUGGUUUCACUAGGUGUGGCCGACCGCGCUGAGUACCAUGCUGCCAAAGGCCAUCCGCCUGAGACCUUCCCCAGGGGGCUGAACCGAGACUACAGCAACAGCACUGUGGAGAGACGGAGCACCAAGAAGGGCCUGCUCACCCCCAACAGCCCCCACCUCAACCCCACCAAAGAUCAGCUGGGAACCACGGGCAUGUUUGGGCAUCUGGGCGGCCGGUUGGUGGUGCCAAAUACUGGAGUCAGCCUGCUGGUACCGCAUGGGGCGAUCGCUGAGGACCCAACCUCUGAGAUGUUCAUGGUCAUAAAUCAGGGAGAGUCCAGUGUCCAGACAGAGGAAGGCUUUGAGAUCCUGUUAGGACCAGAGGUCACCUAUGGCCCUCCAGGCAUAGAUCUCUCCAGGCCUGUUGCUAUGACGAUAGCUCACUGUGCUGAGGUGGAUGCUGACAACUGGAACGUCCAACUGAAGAGGAAAACACAGGACAACAAAUGGGAGGAAGUGAUGUCAGUGGAGGAUGAGUCAACAUCUUGUUACUGCCUGAUGGACUCCAGUAGCUGCCACCUGCUGCUGGACCAGCCGGGCUCCUAUGCCCUUGUUGGUGAACCGCUCACCCAGGCAGCUGUGAAGAGGCUGAAGCUAGCAGUGUUUGGCAGCAUGGGGCCCAACCCCAUGGACUACAGCCUCCGAGUCUACUGUGUGGACGACACGCCACACGCCUUUCAGGGAGUGGUGGCCACAGAGACCUGUAGAGGAGGACAGCUCCUGGAGGAACCCAAGAUUCUGCCUUUCAGAGGGAACACCUUCAGCCUCCAGGUCUCCAUCCAGGAUGUCCCACAGUUUCUAUGGAACAUUAAACCCUUUACCACAUGUCAGGAAUUUUCCUUUUCCCAAGUGUGGUGCAGCAACCAGCAGCCCCUGCACUGUGCCUUCUCCCUGGAGAGAUACAGCCCCACCACCACCCAGUUCUCCUGCAAGAUUAGCGUGAAGCAGGUCAAAGGUCACGAGCAGAUUCUGCAGGUCUAUACAUCUGUGGCAGAGAGCAAGAAGGAGUCAGUCCUGUUUUUUAUGCAGACAGACUGCACCGUCACCUCACAGACGGGACCCAAGGCCUUCAAAAUCCCCCUUUCCAUCCACCAGAGGAUCUGUGCCACCUUUGACACUGCCAACACUAAGGGAAAGGACUGGCAGAUCUUAGCCCAGAAACUCCAUCUAGAUAGGAACCUGUUGUAUUUUGCUCAGCAACAGAGCCCCUCUGCCGUCAUACUGAGCCUGUGGGAGGCACGACACCAAGACACUGGUGACCUUGACUCUCUGGCAAGUGCUCUGGAGGAAAUUGGCAAGAUCCAGUCCAAAAGCACUGUAGCAAAGAGCCAUGAGGAACCUGAAUCAGACUUGGUACAUCAUUUUGGAACAGGAAGCCCAGACAACCCAGUGUAUGGAAUGGGUGAACUCACCAAUCAUGAGACGGCUAACUCAGUCCCUGAGUAUACUAGCUGACUUGUCUCCUACAUAGAUCCCAACAAGCCCAGUGUAAUGCAUAUCCCUAUAUGCACAUAACGACUGACAGCUGACUCGGUCGUGGAUUAAAAGGUCCAUAGGAUGUCAGUGUGAGAAUGGAGUUUGUUGUUCACAGAGCAAAAAACAUGACAGGCAAAAAUUACCACUGAGAAAAAAAAGAAAUCUGUCAUUGCUGUGUGUACUGUAACUUUAUCCAUCCCUUUCUGAUGAUGUACUGUACAUCUGUUUUGUCUUUCACCAUUCUAUUCCCUCCCUUCUUUUCCUCCUAGUUAAUGCUAUUCUUAAGUCAGGCUGACCAUUUGAGUUUGUUUUCUUAUUCUGUUGUUCAGGAUAUAGGGGACCCUCUACACUGUUAGGACCCACCAAUGCUUUUCAAAAAGUGAAAAUGCUUGUCACCAUCCCCAGGGUUUGAUACUGCCCUCAUAUGCAUCUGCAUUUACAGUGAGUGCGUCCCAAAUCUAGUAUACCCAUCUAGUGCAUUACGUUUGACCAGAGCCGUAUAGAACCUAGUGAAAAGUAGUGCACUAAAUGGGGAAUAGGGUUCUUCCAUUUGGGAAGUAUCCCAUAUCACACCUAUACCGUAAGACAGCUGUAUGGUAUUCAUUUCUAUUUGAAUACUUGGUCAUCAAUUCCAAAUAAUGUCUCAAAUGGGAGAAACCACUCUGAAACAGGUAUAAACAGUACAGAGUUUAAUAAAAUGCAUUUUAUUGUAAUGUUCAGAUAUUUUUGUUCUGUAUCAGCGUAACAUUGUAAAAGAGAUCCUGGCGGUACAGUGGUGGGUUGUGAUGACAAUGUACUGUUAACAUGAUUCAGGCUGGAUCCUUUAUCUUUAAAGGAAAACCCCUGACAAUGAUGGAAAUGUCUUUGUCAGGCCACAGUACUGCAGUGUGUGUUUGUGUGCAUGCAUGCGUGUGACAGUUGUGGUUUGGCCACCCUGGAGGAGAAAGAGAAAGCUGGAGGAGCUGUAUGAUGUCAUUUCCUGGCACUAUGCCAUGUGUAUCUCUGCAUCUUAUCACCCACUUUCAACCAUUAUUAACACCUGUCAAAGAGCUGCUGAUCUACCCAACACACACAAGGCCCCCAACAGAGGCAUAGCACUUCACAACUACACAGGACAUGAAUGUGGAUUAGGAUUUGGGUCAAUUCCAAUUUAAUUUGAAAAAGACCAUUAAAUUCUUGAAUUCACUCAUGAAGUGGAGAAUUUACAUUGAAUUCAAUAUGAAUUUAAAAAAUCUUAAAGUUACAGAAUUGAAUUUGAAUAAGACUGAUUUGGAAUUGUAAAAAUGUAUUUGAAUUGAAUUGGAAUUCAACAUUUUUACAUUUCCCAGUUAAUGAAAUUAAUGCACAUAGUAUAAAAAUGGACUGUAGGAUUUGUUUUUAAUUAUUUCAAUCUGUAUUCCUAUAUUGCCAGUAUAGUUAGGCUGUCGGAACAUUGAUGAUCAGCCUGAAUGAAUUUAAUUUGAAUUUGUGGAAAUGUUGUGGAUAGUAUUGAAUUAGGAAUAUAAUUAUUGAGAGAGAGAGAAUUUCUCAAUUCAAAGACUGACAUGGAAUUUGAAUUCAAUUAAAUGGAAUUGACAGGGAAAGAGAAUUGAAUGACAAUUUAAUUUGAAGAAUUGACCCCAACCCUGAUGUGGAUAGAAUGUGUAAUAGUAUGGGAAGCCUUUCUGGUACAAUAAGCAGGCCUGUUUAACAUAUUGUUGUACUGUAUAAGUAAGGAGGGCCCAUAGGGCUCUAUAGUAAAUAUGGUGCCAUUUGGGACAUAUCUUAAAUGCAAUAGGAAUGCAGUGGCAUUACUGGUUUGAAUAAUAGGCACUGUAUUGAACACGUUUCAAAUAGAUGUCCAGCUAAAAAAAUCACACUCCAAAAUAUAACAGGAUGGUGUUUCUGUACUUUAUUGUAUUCCAUGUACUCUAUAAUUCACAGGAUGGAUUUGUUUAUUCCAUGUAAAUCAAAGGAUGGUAUUGUUUAUUCCAUGUAAAUCACUGGAUGUUAUUGUUUAUUCAGUGUAAAUCAAAGGAUGGUGUUGUUUAUUCCAUGUAAUUCUUAUGAUGCAUAUUUCUGUUUUUAUGUGAUCAAUAUGAUUUAGCAUUUACAGGCUUGGAUCAUGCCUGUUUCUAGUUACUCAUGCUUUCAUUUGUAUUACAAUGAGCAUAAUAACAAGGAUUGUAAAUGCUCUAAAUACUUUUAGAAAAUGGCGCUCAGAGGUGUCUCAGUACAGUUACAUUUUCCAAAACGCUCAACUUAUUCAUUGUACACCUGUUGCAGUCUCCUCUGAACUACCUAAAAUGCUGUUAGCUCAUAGUUUGUUAUAUGCAAUUUCAUAUACAAGAGGAUGCAUCCAAAAUGGAACCCUAUUCCCUUUAUAGUGCACUACUACAGGGCUCUGGUCAAAAGUAGUCCACUAUAGAGGGAAAACGGUGGCUGAAGUUUUGAGCUGUGUCUACUGUGCCCUUAAUGAUUAUUACUGUAUGUUGCUCUCAACAGCAACGAUCAGACGAGCUGAAUUUCACACUCUACCCACUGAGCACAGACAUCAAUUCAUUGUCAAUUCCACUUUGGUUCAAUGUAAUUUCAUUGAAAUGACGUGGAAACAACGCUUAUUCAACCAGUGUGUGCACAGUGGGUACAUGAAACCUACAUUGCUUUUUGGUUUCUACAUAACACAUUCGCUAUGCUCUCCUAAUCAAUUGAGCGUUAAUCGUUAUACAAUCCAGCUGGAUAUAGAAUAGAUUAGUGAGUGGGUGAGCUUUACGUUUUGAAAAUUAUUGUUUUUCUUAAUUGUUAGCAAUUUAAUUUCAAUUCCCUGUACUAAUGUGAGCAAGAGUGGUGGAAAAACAGAAACAGGUGUGCUGUUGUAGUGCUAAACAGUGGCUAAUGUUGCAUUAAGAGCAUUUGUCUGUGGAAUACAAUACAUCAUAACAACCAAACAUAGCAUUUUAACUAUUUUAUUUAUUGUUGCCUAUUGCAUACAUGCCUAGUCAUAUCUAAGGUAUUAAAUGUUGAAGUUAAGUUUUUAAAUGUUAAGUGGGCCACUGGGUUUUGAACCAUACAUACAUACUCUGUAUUAUUAUUGCUUUGUGUUGUCACAGGCUGAAGACUAUUGUUGUCACAGGCUGAAGACUAUUGUUGUCACAGGCUGAAGACUAUUGUUGUCACAGGCUGAAGACUAUUGUUGUCACAGGCUGAAGACUAUUGUUGUCACAGGCUGAAGACUAUUGUUGUCACAGGCUGAAGACUAUUGUUGUCACAGGCUGAAGACUAUUGUUGUCACAGGCUGAAGACUAUUGUUGUCACAGGCUGAAGACUAUUGUUGUCACAGGCUGAAGUGUAUUUGUUGUCACAGGCUGAAGGGUAUUUGUUGUCACAGGCUGAAGGCGAUGUCUUGUCACAGGCUGAAGGCGAUGUCUUGUCACAGGCUGAAGGCGAUUGUGUUGUCACAGGCUGAAGGCGAUUGUGUUUGCACAGGCUGAAGGCGAUUGUGUUGUCACAGGCUGAAGGCGAUGGUGUUGUCACAGGCUGAAGGAGAUGGUGUUGUCACAUGCUGAAGGCGAUGGUGUUGUUACAGGCUGAAGGCGAUUGUGUUGUCACAGGCUGAAGGCGAUUGUGCGAUUGUGGUGUCACAGGCUGACGAUGACGAUUGUUGUGUCACAGGCUGAAGAGUUUACUGUUGGACCCCUGAUUUAAUGUCCCCUGAGUUGGUAACUAUUCCCUUUAUAGCCCACUGGGCCAAAACUGGUUGAAUCCAAAAAUGAAUCAAUGUGGAAGUCUGAAUGGAUUUGAAAAAAGUAAUCAAUGUAAGGGAAUUUAGUAUUUUUCACCUAACUUUUAACCUAAAUCCAAUGACAUGGUAAUUUAUUUUUUUCGUUGAAUUCAGGUUAACUCAACCAAAUGUAAAUUAAAACUAGACUUUGAACGGACGUCUGUGCCCAGUGGGAGUGCACUAUGUUUGACCAAGGCCUAUAGGCCUCUGGUCAAAACUAGUGCACUAUAAAGGGAAUAGGGUAUCAUUUGGGACGCAUGCUAUAGCUCCACACUGACUUCAUCAGGAUGGAUGUUGCUAUGCUCCAUCUCACAUCACGCAUGGCCUUUGGCUUCAUAUCACUAUUCUUGUGCCUUGUUUAACUACUGUAAAUGGUGAAUGUUGUAAAGUACAGAUGGGGCUGAAAAAAAUGAAACAAAGCAAAACCAUACCAACAUACAUUUAAAAAAGUAUUAGUUGAAAAAGUAUUUAAGAUUAUAUAAUUCAAUAGGCUGCAGAGCUUUUCUAGUGCUAAACAUACUGCCUAUGUUUGGUAUUGCCAGGGCAGCUUGGUGGUAUAUUGUAUCUAUAUAAUUAUGGACAUUUUGGAUGUUUUCUGUACAGUAGAAUUUGCAAAUGUAUAUGCAGCCUUUUGGAAAUAAAUGUACAGCUAAAG